UUCACGAGGCAUGGCGUGGUGCGCGUUCUAGUAAACAAGUUGUGUGUGUCGAGUCGCGCGGGGAAUCUCGCGCUCCCCGAACGAGCAAUCGCGAUUACCGUGUGUAUUUGUUCGACGAGACGCGACCGUUUCGUCGUGCGCCACGACGCGUCGCGUCGUUAUUGUCGUCAUUAUCGUCGUCGUCGUCGUCGUCGUGCUAUGGUGAGAGAAACGAUUGAGGAUAAAUAAAUGAUAACUUCAACUCGGACAUACGAGCCGAUUGACUUGACACCAUUGCCGCGGACCGUCUCGGUGUGUUACGUGGGUGUAUGUGUGUUGUUCCUCUCGUCUCUCGUUUGCGGAGAAAAGUGUUUACAGUGCUCGCCAUCCCGGAUCUCUGUUUCUUUCAACCGAGGCGAGACGAGGCGACUUUCGAUCCGAGGCGAGACGAGGGAGUCGUCGGCGCGACGAAGGUGAUGACGCCGAGACACGUUCAACGGAGUUUCCGACUGGACGCCGUGUUUCAGGACGAUAGACUGCCUAGAUAUCGCCGAGGAAGCAAGAUUAUCAAUCGCAUUAUCGGGACUGUGCAUUGAUUGCGGUGCCACAGGGUCAGUUUACUAAUCACGAUUCGGCGCGCACGGCGGCGCGUAACUACUCUCAAUGGAAUUGUUUAGUGCGGUGACCUGCCGGCGGCGGUGCCGAUCUUUGAGCACGGUCGGCUGAUAAUACGCGCCCGCGCGCGCGCGCGUGCGAGCGCGCUCUGUACGCUUUCUCUUCGCGAUACGCCCACGAAUCUCUCCCGUGCGUGUCUCUCCCCCCCUCCCCGGUUACGAGAGAGUCAACGAAGCUCGACGCCGAUAAACACGCCUCGGGCAACGUCGAGAAAAGAUGAGGGACGUCUUUGAGCGACCGUCGUCGAGUCUGUCAUCGCAUUAACGCUCGAGACCUCCGUGCGUAUCAUAUAUACCGUUUGAACACAGAACACGGUACAAGCCCAAAGAGCGGCUUUUGUUUGCUGGUGCGAAAUUCCCGUCUCUUCUCGUCGCCGCGUCGACGGUGAAGGGAUGCGCGAGCGAAACGCCGCGACGCUUUUCCCCCUGCAUUCUGAGAAUUCGCGAGAAGAGAGCGCGUAAUACUUGACUUUACUUUUCCGACGAGAGAAAUAUUUCGCAUUCUUCCGAAGAUGAAGUCUCCAAUCUUCGCGUGUCGCAGAAUUCGCGGCGCGACGUUCGACGAGGACGAACCGUACGUCUCGGCUUUAUUAUCUUCUUCGGAAGCACAUCUCGUCACCCGUCGUCACUGCCAUUGCCCGUCGUCGUCGUCGUCGAAUUACGUUUCGUUCGAGGAUGCGUCACUCCAGCCGUCGGAGUCGACGUCGACGACGGCUUGCGAUCUCUGCGAGCGUCUUCGCGGUCGAACAGACGGAUGUUCCGAUACGGUGGACGCGAUACGGACAGAACAGCACUUCGGCCAGCGCGAUCGGCGGCCGAUGAGGCAAAAACGCGACCUCGAGAGUGCGAACUCGAGAGCGAAAAUCGUGGAAAAGCGCGACAGAACAUUGAGAUGCGAUAGACUCUCGCUCUGUGAAUCAUCCGCGAAAUGUGCUUCGAGCGUCGUGCGAUGGAACCACCUGGCCGUCAGAUUCCACGGCAAGUCGACGGAGUGGCGGAGGCUCCUCUGGACCGUUUUUCUGGUUUUGCUUGCGUUAUCUCCCGAUCUCGCAGCGGCGCAAAAGCGCGACAACGCUUCCCGCAAGGCAGCCAGAGUGUGCCAAAGUAUAGACAUAAGAAAUAGCGUGGAACAAUUCUCAAAACUGGAUGGAUGCCGGGUGGUCGAGGGCUUCGUACAAAUUCUCCUGAUCGACCGGGCUGAGCAGUCGGCUUAUGCCAACAUCAGUUUUCCCGAUCUCGUCGAAAUCACUGGAUACCUUAUUUUAUAUAGAGUAAGCGGAUUAAGGAGCGUCGGUCGUCUGUUUCCCAACUUGACGGUCAUUCGCGGACAUUCUCUUUUCAUUAACUAUGCCCUCGUGGCAUUCGAGAUGAUGCAUCUUCAGGAAAUCGGUCUUCACUCUCUGACCAACAUCCUACGCGGAUCCGUGCGAUUUGAGAAGAAUCCGACGCUCUGUUACGUCGAUACCAUCGACUGGGACAUCAUCGCUAAAGCUGGCAAAGGAGAGCACGUCAUAUCGGGCAACAAGAUAACAAAUGGUUGUCCAGUGUGCGAGAAAAGUUGCCCAUCAAGGCAGACGAAACCCGACGAGACCCUGUGCUGGAAUCGACAACACUGCCAACGAGUAUGCGAUGCAAAGUGCGGGGACAACGCUUGCGAUAUCGAUACGGGAGAGUGCUGUCAUUCGUCGUGUCUGGGUGGAUGCACGGGACCGACGGUCAACGAUUGUACUGUCUGCAGGAAUGUGAUGAUCGACGGCAAGGGAUGCCAGAACCGUUGUCCGAACGGCAGUUAUGAGUUCAUGAAUCGACGUUGCGUCAGCGAGCAGGAAUGCCGGCUAAUGCCGAAGCCGCGCGAAGCAUUGGACACCACCAUCAAGUUGAAUCCGUACAAGCCGUUUAAUGGCACCUGCGUGAUGGAAUGCCCAGCCGGCUUCAUGGAGAGCGAAGAGAACGAUAAGAAUUUGUCCUGCCGGCAGUGCGAGGGCCCAUGUUUGAAGGAAUGUUCCGGCGCGAACGUGGAUAGCAUCGCGUCGGCGCAAAAGUUACGCGGAUGCACGCAUAUCGCGGGUAGCCUCGAGAUACAGAUACGCGGCGGCAAGAACAUUGUAAAGGAGCUCGAGGACAAUUUGAGUACAAUCGAGGAGAUAGACGGCUAUCUGAAGGUCAUUCGUAGCUUCCCGCUGAUAUCCCUCAACUUUUUGAAGAAUCUGCGCGUGAUACGCGGCAAUACGCUCGAGAACAAUAAGUACAGCCUCGCGGUGCUCGACAAUCAGAAUCUUCAGGAGCUCUGGGACUGGAGCACGCAUCCAAACAUCACCAUCAUGUCCUCGGCAGGCUCUCCUAAAGUCUUUUUUCAUUUCAAUCCGAAAUUGUGCAUGUACAAAAUCGACAUGCUGCGAGAUAAGGCGAAAUUGGACAAUUUCACCGAGCACGAUGUGGCGAUCAACAGCAAUGGAGACAAGGUCGCGUGCAAUGUCACCGAGUUGAGGACCAAGGUCACGAAGAAGACAUCUAGGGGUGCCAUUAUCGAGUGGGAACCCUUUUUGCAUCACGACUACCGUUCCCUCUUGGGUUACGUUGUUUAUUUCAUUGAAGCGCCAUAUCAAAACGUGACGAUGUACGACGGCCGUGAUGCUUGCGGUGGCGAUGGUUGGCGAGUGGAGGACGUCUCCGCCGAGAGCGCAACGUCACAGUCUCAUAACGGCACGCAGCAAUCGUAUUUAGCUCACAUACUCACUCUAUUGAAACCAUAUACUCAAUACGCUUACUACGUAAAGACUUACACCAUAGCCACCGAGGAAUCGGGUGCGCAAAGCAAGGUCAUGUACUUUACGACACUGCCAGACGCACCUAGCUCACCUAGGGCUCUGUCGAUCUGGAGUAAUUCAAGCAGCGAAUUGGUUAUGUCUUGGUUUCCUCCACUUCAUAAAAACGGGAAUUUGACGCAUUAUCGGAUCGUCGGUCGUUGGGAGCCGGAUGAUCCGAAUUUCAUCGAUCAGAGAAACUACUGCGACGAACCUAUGUCGUUGCCCGAGAAGAAACCAAUGUCUGUCAUAGCGGAGGAAGAAAGGAAACGUGCCGAGGAAGAGAAGGAAUUGGUGAAAUCACCCGAGACUGCUUCGUGUGGCUGUGCAGAUCGAGAAACGACGGAUCAAUCGAUGCGUGAAAAGGAAGUUUCCAGUUCGAUCGCCUUCGAGAAUGCGUUGCACAAUCAGGUUUAUAUAAAACGAAUAAAUGCGCGUAGAAGACGCGAUGUCACGAGCGAAAAGUCGAUAGCGGAAUUAGCCAAAGAUUCUUCUAGUCACGAUCAACAGGACAAGGAGAAUACUAAUGAUAAAAUGGAGAAUGGCACGUACAUAAUAUUCGAGCGAUUGAUACCAAGUACAAAUCUUAGUGUUGUGAUGAAAAAUCUGCGGCACUUCGCCGCGUACAACAUCGAGGUUCAAGCUUGCAGAGAACGAGUUGAGAACGAGGAUGUAUUGAAGAAGAACAAUUGCUCAACGAAGAGCAUGAAAACUUAUCGUACAUUAGCUAUGGAGAGCGCGGAUAAUAUUCCACCAAACACUUUCAAGCUAAGUAUUUCUGGCGGAAAUAACAGUCUCACUAUGGUUACGUUAUAUUGGGACGAGCCGCUUCAACCCAAUGGCCUAAUCGUCACGUACCAGAUAGAGUACAAAAGAGUAGAUAUAAAAAAUAUAAAAACAACGGUGGUGUGCAUCACAAGACGCGAUUUUGCCAACGCAGGUAAUUCGUAUAUCUUGAAAGACCUUCCUGCUGGGAAUUACUCUGUGAAAGUUCGAGCUACCAGUUUAGCUGGCUACGGCGCGUACACCGAAGUGAAAUAUUUUUAUAUAGAAGAAUACGGCGUGCUGAAUACAUUCUGGAUUUUCUUCUCGUUAAUACUGGCUCUUGUUGUGCUACCGAGUUCUCUUCUCGUAUUUUACAUAUUUAAAAAGAAAUCGUUGCAGAAUACAUCUAGUAUGAAAAUUAUUGCGACGGUGAACCCAGAAUACGUGAGCACAGGUUACGUGCCGGACAAAUGGGAAAUGCCCCGAAAGAAAAUACAGUUAAUACGUGAACUAGGGAAUGGUUCUUUUGGCAUGGUAUACGAGGGAUUAGCCAAAGAUGUCAUCAAAGAUGAACCGGAAGUUCGAUGCGCUGUGAAAACUGUAAACGAAAACGCAACCGAUCGUGAACGGAUAGAAUUUCUUAACGAAGCUUCCGUCAUGAAGGCUUUCAAUACUCACCAUGUAGUCAAAUUGCUGGGUGUAGUGUCGCAAGGCCAACCUCCGUUGGUAGUUAUGGAAUUGAUGGUGAACGGUGAUCUAAAAACAUAUUUAAGGAGUCACCGACCGGAUGUUUGCGAACACUCUAAACAACCACCCACAUUGAGAGAUAUCUUACAAAUGGCAGUCGAAAUUGCGGAUGGCAUGUCUUAUCUUGCAGCGAAGAAAUUUGUUCACAGAGAUCUGGCUGCUCGUAAUUGCAUGGUAGCCGAAGAUCUUACUGUGAAGAUCGGUGACUUUGGCAUGACAAGGGAUAUAUAUGAAACUGAUUACUAUAGAAAAGGAUCCAAAGGGCUGUUGCCUGUUAGAUGGAUGGCGCCAGAAAGUUUAAAAGAUGGUGUAUUUACCAGUUUCUCCGACGUUUGGAGCUACGGAGUUGUUCUAUGGGAAAUGGUGACAUUAGCUUCGCAACCAUAUCAAGGCUUAUCAAAUGAUCAGGUACUGCGUUAUGUAAUUGAAGGAGGGGUUAUGGAACGACCAGAAAAUUGUCCCGAUUCAUUAUAUAGUUUGAUGAGGCGUACCUGGAAUCAUAGAGCCACAAGAAGACCUACCUUUAUAGACAUUGAGACGCUGUUAUUGCAAGAAGUUCAUAUAGAAGACUUUGAGAAUGUUAGCUUUUACCAUAGUCCAGAGGGGAUCGAAGCUCGAAAUCAAAAUAUUUCACAUUCACCGCAAAAUGACCAAGAUUUAGAAAUGGUUGCUCUACAAAACUUGCGGGAUGAAGAAAUUGAGAGAGGAGAAGAUUCGCCAUUGCGUCAAGAUUUUGGUGACUUUGCAAGUUUUGAACCUUGCAGUAUUAAAAAUAACUUGAGUCCUCGAUAUGGAACGGAUUCUUACGGUGAAACAUCUACUUCCAAUUUUCAUGAUAUGAAUUCUUCAAAAGUACCUAAAGCUGGGUUCGAUGAAUUUGUCUCUGGAGAUUCGCUCGUAUCUAGUAAGGAUACAUUGAAUUCGCCUUUCGUGGAAGGCAGCCUUAAAUCAGUCAGAAGCUCGCCUUUUAUAUAUAAGAAAAGUACAUCCCGCAGUAACGUAAGUCAAGGUUCCCUAGCAAAGUCUGGGAGUCCGCAAAGUUUAGUCAAGCGAAAUUUUCUUGAUAGUCCAAAUCUGACUAAGUCUCGGGGCGAUCCUGACUACGAAAAUCGGAGUCCCGAAACCGUGUCAGCUAUCGAAAAGAGGGAGAUUACUUCAUCGCACAUAGAAUUUCCAUUUGUGGAUGUUAUGAACAUUCAGAUUAACGGUGGUAAGAAAGAGAGCAAAUGCACGAACGAAUAUGCGAACAAAUCGGGAACAUUGAAUAAUGGUUACAUCGGUAACACGACUACGUAGCUUCAAUAAUAUCCCUCGACGCUAUCAGCAUCCGACGCUAAACAAAUCACAUAUGACAAAUAUGCGCAAUUAUAUCCUUGGUGAGUAUUUCAGCAAAAAGGCAGUGUCUGUGCCAAAUUUAUGAGCGUACUUUUGAAAGAAUCGCAUUGAGCAGCGUUUUAUAUACACGAGAAAAAGAUGCUAGUAUGUUCUAGAAUAACGGAAGUUAUAAGUCUAUAUUUUAAAUGUUUAGAUAUGUAACUAAGAACAGGUCCUAAAUGCAGAUAAGUGGAGUUUUCUUAUACGGGUGUUACCAUGUCUUAAUUCCGUCUCUCUAAAUAUAAUUAAUAUUGCUACGCAUGUACAGCUAAUUACAUAUAUACAUAUAUAUAUAUAUAUAUAUAUAUAUAAUUUGUUACGCUGCAAUGCAUGUUGGAAAUGGGCAGCGAAUAUAUUUAUACCAGAUACUGUCUUUUUGAAGUUAUCGCUGUAGUGUAUGUUAAUAUAAAAAAAUUUAGCUUAUUAAAGACACCGUUAUUAUAAAGUUACAGCUGCGAUUUAAAAGCCAGAAACCGUCUCUUCUUGAAAUUGGGCCAUAUAUUAUUGAGAAACACAGAUAUAUGCGGUUAUCAACAUGAUUUGCUAACAAGCAUGUGACAGUCUUUCUCUCUCUCUCUCUCUCUCUCUCUCUCUCUCUCUCUCUCUCUCUUUCCUCAUUAACUAUCUAGCAUGUAAAUGUAUGUUCAAAGAAUUAAACAGGAUAAUUAUUUAUAUUAUAGAUUUUCUGUUUAAUCUUCAAAGUCGCAAAGUAUACUAUUUCCAUUGUAAGUAAUAUAUUUAUACAUCAGUUUAUUUUUCUGAAUUUAUGAGAAUAUAAAAUAUAAUAUAAACUAAAAUGACAAAAAUAUUUUAUUCACAGUAAAGGGAUCACAUUUUAUAAAUUUUGUGAAUUACGCUUAGACGCCACUUUGCACGAUUUUAGGCUUCGAACUCGUAUAUAGCAAUAGAUUCGAUAUUUAUUGGAAAGUAUAUGCAUAGAAAAAGUGAUUCAGAAUAAGAAUCGAUUUGGCAAAUAUAUAUUACAUCUCAUUCCUCUAAUUUAUAAAUUUCUAUUAUAUUUAUGUAUUCUACGUUUUAAUGUUUUUGACUUUAUUGUAUCAGUUGAUGUAAUAAUUUUGAAUCCAUCAAUUUCUCUAAUUAUAGUAGGAGAAUUAGAGUAAAGAUCUUUCCAAAUUGGAAGUAAUUUUCAAUAGCAAAUGUUUAAUUGGUUUUGUGAUAUGAUUUGUAAAGAGUUUGUAGUCGAUUAGAAUUACUUUAAUCUGUUACAAUUAUGGCAAAAUUUUAGAGGAAAACAAUUAAUGCAUUUAAGUUUUUGUAUAUUCGGUAUAAAUAUUAUUAUAUUUAAGUAUUUUUUAAAACUGUCAUGAUGAAAUGUUAUGCUAAUGAUAUUAUUUUUAAGUGAACGACGUUCUCGUUUCUCAUUCAGUAUAUCUAAACAAUCUAGCGAAUGUAGAAAUUCAGAGAAGUAUGAAACAAAAUGCACUGUACGUUUGAGAAAUUUCAGAGUCCAUCAAAUCACAUCGUACUUGACAAUGCAAAAGAAAUCUAUUUAUCUAUUUCGAUGUAACUUUCACCGAAUUUAAACCAUUUGAAUAGCAAGAGGUCAAUAAGUACUUUGUCGAAAUAUCUUUUGUAUCGUCAUUGUGCUUCAUUUUCCAAAAUUUUUCCAAUGUAUCCUGUAUAUAUGACAUAGUAUAUGAUUUUGUGUCUAUGUGCAAGUACGUGAACUGUUCUAUUUCGUGGAGCUGAUGCAUGAAAUUCUCCGCAUUGCCUCCGUUUUAUCUUCCAAGAAGCGCAUUUCAUUACCCAUAUAGAUUACUAUCUCGAUAUUCCGUAAAAAGCUUCAUCGUGCAAUUUUAUAGUCAUGAGUCUACCAGAGAGUCUCCAUAUAUCUCGUGCAAUAGGAUCAUUUACGCCAUUUAUGCUCCAUAAAUAGCAUUAGCGGCAAGCACCAACUUACAGAAUACCGUUGUUUCUGCGUCGCUCCACGAAAUAAACUACGAAAUUCCGAUGUACACCAUACUUUUUAAUUAGAGACGAGAGAACAUUGACUGUCCUAGUGAGCCCAAUGAGAAACAAGAUUGAUGACGGACGAGAAGAUUGAACCCGUGUAAUCAUUAUUGCAAUCGCAAGAUAAAUACUAGCGAACGAAUCCUAACAUGAAUGAGCUAAAAAGAAAGAGUUAUUAUACGAACAACGCAAUGCAAUGCAGUUGAGUCUAUAGACAUAACGAGCCUCUAACACAAGACUGAUUAGCUAAUCCCAUUAUUACAUCCGUAAUCUCUCUUAAUAAGUUAAAGGGUGCAAGACAAAAUGGUAGAAGUUCCACGUCGUUCCAUAUCUGCAAACAUCUUCCUUUUUGUUGGUUUAUUUUGUUUAUCAUUUUUUUUCAUCUACUUUAAAGCGUUUUGAAAAUUCACUUCGAGAUUUAUUAAUGCGAUCCGCGGUUGUUUCGUUCCUUAUAACAUCGCGCAUUUGGUGCAUCAUUUGUCGCUUUGAUUCGGCGGCUUAUCGGAGCAUAUGCAUAAAAUAGUAUACAGGGUAUCUCCGAAGCUAUUGCAUCAUUUUUCGUUAUAAAUUUCCCAACGAAUUUGUAUAUGUGAUUUGGAUCAAUCUUUUUGAUAUACUCUAAAACAGAGAUUUUUCCUUGGAAUUAUUUAAUUAUUGGAAUUAUUUCCAAUAUUAUUCGCGUUAUAUUUCUAAUAAAUCGCAAAACAGAUUUCUAAUAAAUAAGACGAACAAGCCUUUAACAUCUGUAUUUAUUAUCUUAUUUUCCUAAAUUUUAUUUUAUUAUUUAAAUUUAUUUUCUUUCAAAUUUUCAUGGAAGUUCAUUGUUACAAAAAGAUUGAAUCCAAACUUGUGAAAUUUUAAAGAAACAUUGCAUUAGUUUCAAGAUAGCCUGUAUACCAAUGUUUCUAAAGUACCAGUGAUCUAAUAACAAGUACCUAAUAUAAGUGUAACGUUUUAUAUAAUAUCACACAUUGGAUAAAAGUCACGAUGUCGCGCAGAGAUUGUACGAGCCCAAGAUAAUACCGGAAAUAUUAGAGAAAAUUUUGCAAAAGGUGCAAAUUUUAUAGGAUUUGUCGUUGAUUCAAUUUCUCGUUCUCUUUUUUUGAGAGAGGAGGAAGUAUUUCUUUCCGCGUGGUCUUUUUUUUGUCAAACGAAAAAUUCUGUUUGUUAUUAAAACGUAAGCAGUUAGACAUUUGUUUUUAUCGCCGUUAUUGAUGCUCUGAUCAAGUAUACCGAUUAUACAUCUUAAUUUUUGAUAAACUAAUCAAAAAUACAUUAUCGUGUAUCUUGAAGUUUUGCACAACGACGAGCUUUUUUUUAUCCCUUCGACGAUUUUGUUUGACCAAUAUAGAUAUAAUCUGUUUCUGUUGUUUAUAGAGAGCUGGAAUUCUUUUCGAAAGCAAAAUGUUUCAUGCGAACUUUCAGAACGAAAGAUGAGAAAUAAUCAAGAUAUAUACAUACAAUUAAACUAAAUUCUCCCGAAAUUAAGGAACACGAUUAAUGACACAGAUAAGCCGAUCGGCCGAUGUAUCGUAAUAAUAAGCCUCGCUCGUAUUCUGAAGUAUUUAGUAUAAUAACGAAAUAAACAAGUUAAUGCUUAGACCAUGUAAUAUGUAAGUAUCAUAAGAUCGAAAUGUUUCCUAUAUGGCCGCGAGUCUCCGUAUAUUGUACGAACUGGCGUGCGAUCGCUAAUUUUAGGCCUACUAUAGCGUGAUAGUUCUGUAAUAUAUUAGAGUAAUCUCCCUGGGGAUUAAGGUAAUACAUAAGUAUCUCUGGAGAUUGUGUGUAACUAUUAUAUUAAAUGCAGAGAGUAAAGUGUGCCUGUCACCGCAUAUAUUGAUCGAUUUAAUGAAUGUGCGAAUAUAUAUAUAUAUAUAUAUAUAUAUAUAUAUAUAUAUAUAUAUAUAACAAAGAUUUAAGAAUGUGGCCAUGAAAAAUAGAUUAAUGUGCAUCUACAUCAACGAUAUAGAAAGAAUCGAGAAAAAUAUCGGGUAUAACAGAUUAUCUAAUUUUUCGUUUGUCACAAAAAUUAAACGAAGUGCUUGACCGAUCGUGAAUAAGUAAAAGGUUCUCAACCAUUGAUCUUAGACUGAACAGUAAUUACUCAUCCUAAACACCGAGAAGCAUAGAAUAUUCCUCUUAUAAUGAUCCGAGUGCGUUUAAUUUAUUUUUAUUUAUCCUGUAAGAAGGUGAACGAAUUUGGCGCAGUAACAAUUCGAGACAUUAUUAAUUAGUUGAUAUUUGAUGCAUUUUUUUGCACUUUAGCAAAUAUACAAAUGACUCAAUUCUUUUUGCAAUUGAUAUUGCAAUUGAUACGCCCGUUAUAUUUUGAAAUCAUUACCUACAUCUCAUGUAUAUAAAACCUGGGAGAUAUAUCGAUCUUAUUUAAAAAAAUAUUUUGAGUUUUUACAACGCGCCCAAUAUUCCGCUAUGCUAAUUUUUUUCGUACGGAUAAAUUAUUACCAUUUAUAUUUAAUAAAAGAAUCUUUCACGUAUAUAAUAAAAAAAAAUCGCGAGAUUUCUUCUCCCAUUAUAUUGCGACAAUAACUAUUUUAAUUAAUAUUUCAUGUGCCGGUUCUAUUUAGAACCUUUCCUAUUAAUCUUUAAUUCUGAUUCUGUUCAGAAUCUGAUUCCUUCUGAUUCCUAUCGCGCACAUUAUACUAUGUUCACACGCAAUUAACGGAUAAGAUCUCUGAUACUAUAUUAUAUGCUAAUAUAUUAUAUAAACUAUUUAUGUUCCGUUAUGUUAUAUUCAGUCCAUUUACUAUUUUUCAUCUUUUGCAAAAUAAAUUAUUCGAUUACAUAAACUGCUCAAUAUUAAA